AUGCCGCCGCCGCCGCCGCCUGCUCCACAUCAGCCACCACGACCCGCGCCCGAGCCGCGCGCGUCCACCUCGCGCACCAGCCUGGACGACCUCGCGCGCGCCGACGGCGAGGCGGGGACGAGCGGGGGAGCCCGCACCGAGGGCGAUAAGCCGCACACGGCGCGCACCGACUCGCCUGCGCCCUCGAGUGCGAGCGCAAAGGGCAAGGAGCGCGACUGGAGCGUCGAGCUCGCCGUCCUCGCGCCAGACGGCGCCGACGAGCGAGGAGCGCGAGGGGGGACGGACGGGGCGGAGCGCGGCAACCUCGCGCCUGCCGGCGGGUCGGGGCAGGACAGAGGGACGGGAGGCGCUCCUGCAGCACCAGGAGCGACGCAGCACGGCGGCACGCCGCGUCCCUCGUCGUCGAGCGAUGCUCCGACCCCGGUGCCCACUCGUCCGCUCGAGCCGGCAACCGCCUCGUCCUCGCCUCCUCCGCCCGCACCAGAACAGCCCGCCCGACCUUCCCGACCUCCCCUCCAGUCCAUCCUCAAGCGCCCAGAGCUCGCCCGACCCGCCUCGUCCCAGGGUCGCUCCCUCGCCUCGUCCACCCCUCUUCCCCUCCUCUCGACCGCCCCGCUCCCGCCCGCCCAACCCGCCGCCGCCUCCGCGCCCCUCACGCCGACGCAGGGCACGCUCGCCCUCGAUCCUCCGACGCCCGACUCGGUCGACGACGAGAACAAGGACAAGCUCGCCGUCGCGCACCCGCACACGGUCCUCUUCUCGACCCCGGGCACGACCACGUCGGUCCUGCCCCUGUCGUCGCCCUCGCGCCUGUCGCACCACUCGGGCUACUCGUCGUCGGCCGCCGGUGAGCACGGCGCAGGCGGCGGCGGCGACUUUACGGGCACGUUUCGCAGCUGGAAGUCGAGCGUCAUGGGCCGCAAGAGCGGCGUGUACGAGAAGAAGCGCCUCGCCGAGCUCGGGUUCGACGAGGAGCUCAGUCGAGACUACGACUUCUUCGCGAGCUUCGGCAUCACGAUCUGCAACGUUGGCGGCUUGCCCGGCACCACGCUCGGCGUCCUGACGGCGCUCGAAGCCGGCGGUGGCUCGAUGUACGCCAUCGCGUGGCCCCUGUCGGGCCUCUUCAUGAUGUCGCUCGCGGCCGUCCUCGGCGAGAUGGCGUCGACUUGGCCCGUCGCCGGCGCCAUGUUCACGUGGGUCUUUCGCCUGUGCCGCAGCCGCAAAGGGCUCAACCCGUGGGCGCGCUACGCGAGCUGGGUCGUCGGGAGCUUGCUCCUGUGCUCGCACAUCCUCCUCCAGAUCGUGUGCACGUGGCAGUUUGCGCACAACCUGCUCGGCGUCGUCGGCCUCUGGACCGAGAAAGAGUACUCGUACUGGGUCGUCGUCGCCAUCUCUUGGGGCAUCGUCACCUUUUCGGCCCUCGUCGUCUCGUCGCGCAUCUCGCGCUCACCCUGGCUGUGGCGCAUCUGCGGCGCGCUCAUCAUCCUCUUCUUCAUCACGAUCAACAUCACCCUGCUCACGACCGCCGACCGGAUCGCCCCGGCCGAGUACGUCUUCACCUCGUACCGCAACUCGACGGGCUUCACGUCCAAGAGCUACGUCUACAUGCUCGGCUGGGUCCUCACGUGCGUCGCGACGGGCAUGGAAGCGUCGGCGCACAUGGCCGAGGACACGAAGCGCCCGUCGAGGACGGUCCCGUUGGCCAUGUUCUGGAGCGUCGCGGCAACCUACAUCAUGGGCUGGGUCUCGAUCUGCGUCCUGCUCGCCACGAUGCGCCUCGACGGCCUCGACCCGGACCUGCAGCCCUCGAUCGCGCUCCUCGCCAACUCGAUCCCGCGCCGGUACACGACCCUCAUCCUCGUCCUCGUACUUUUCUCGUUCCUUUUCCAGAACGUCGCCCAGCUCCUCGCCACGUCGCGGUACAUCUGGGCCUUGGCGCGCGAGUCGGCCCUCCCGUUCUCGACCUUCUUCCGCCGCCUGAGCGAAAAGAACCGCACGCCGACGGCCGCCAUCUGGGUCGUGUGGGCCAUCGCCUUUCCGGCGCUCCUCCUCGUCGCCAUCAACGUGUCGAUCAUCGCGACGACGCUCCUCGAGGGCGCCGGCAUCACGUGCGCGGCGAGCUACGUCGCGCCGCUCCUGUUCUACCUCGCGUGCCCGGCGGGCGUCCUCAACGGCGACGGGCGCGCCAAGUGGACCCUGCGAGGGGCGAGCAAGGUGCUCGCGGCUCCCGCGGCCGUCUUCCUCCUCACGUUCAUCGUCAUGAUGAGCCUCCCGACUGGCUACCCCGUCACGGCCCUCAACGCCUCGUACGCCUCGGCGAUCCUCCUCGGCGUCCUCCUCCUGUCGUCGCUCGCCUGGGUCGUCUACGGCAACGCUCGCUACGCCGGCCCGAUCAAGACGACGACGCGGUGGACCAUCGGCGCCGAGGUCGAUCUGCGCUCGGGCAGCCAGGGCGCGCAGGGCACGGGCCGCAGCCGCAAGAAGAGCUCGGCGCAGCAGCAGCAGCAGCAGGAGGCGCCCGUGCGCACGAUGGGCCAGAGCACGACGAGCGAGGAGCACGGGCGCAGCGCGCACGUGUGGGCGACGAGUAACGGCGGCGCUGCGGGCGAGAGCCGGGCCCGGGCCGAGGGCGACACGCGCGACGACGAGCGCAGCGCGGCGUGGACGUACGCGAGCGGCGAGGUCGGUGAGCGGACGGGCGAGACGACGACGGGCACCGAGACGGGUACGGGCAGCGGGUGGAGCGAGUACACGUCUGAGGGGGACGAGGAGAGUACGGGAUCCGAGGAGGACGAGGACGAGGAGGAGCGGCGGAGCCCGUCGAGGUCGCGAGGGCGGGCCCGCGACGAGGAGCAUCGCGUUUCGUGAGCCUGUGUUUCUACUCUCUUCUCGAUACUGCCCCCUUCCCUGUAUCCCCAUGUCGUGCACCUCCUCCUGCGCCGGCGCUCGGGCCGUGCGCGUCGUCGUCGUCGUCGUCCUUGUUGUUCUUCCUGUUACCCCUCCUCGUCUCGCGCGACCACUCUCGGCCGCAGCAAGCUCUAUUCACUCUC